CCCCCCCCCUCAAAGCGGUUCCUGUCUCUCUAUCAACAAGGAGGUUAUCUGUCAUUGAAGAAUUGUUUAUUUUUAUAGUAGAAAGUAGAGAAAUUUAAUUGGAAAGAAACCAACAUGAACCCUGCCGCUAUUCCUACUCCUAAACCUGACGCAGAGGAUGGAAGGUGGAUAAAUGUUCACAACCGUUAUGUUUGUGAAGCAAAAGAGAAAGAGCCUGAAGUUAUCUUCAUAGGUGAUUCUAUCAUUCAACACCUUGCGUACAUGGACUAUUGGAACCAAGUUUUUGCACCUAUGCAUGCAUUAAACUUUGGAAUCGGAGGAGAUACCACUCAACAUGUUCUAUGGAGAAUUACGAAUGGAGAGUUGGAUAAUGUUACACCCAAAGUUGUUGUUGUCUUAAUUGGGACAAAUAAUACUGAAUCAGCUGAGGAAGUUGCUGGAGGAGUCCUUGAAGUACUUAAACUUGUUCGUGAAAAACAACCAGAUGCCUACAUAGUGUUGCUGAGCUUGUUACCUCGAGGCUACCUUCCUAAUCCACUUCGAGAUAAAAACGAAGCUAUCAACGCCAUUGUGCGGGAAAGAGCUCAAGAAAUGAGGAAAGUGGAGGUGUUAAGUAUUGGACAGGGACUUGUCCAGCCUGAUGGUACAAUAUCACACCAUGAUAUGUAUGAUUAUCUUCAUCUCACCAACGCUGGAUAUGUGAAGGCCUUUGAGCCAUUAGCUGAGCUUCUGCAACAGUUGCUUAGUGAAGGAGAACCAGAACAAGACCUUACACCAUCAGAGUAAUUUGUACAACUCUUUUCAGCAUAAAAGACUGAUGGAGUGUCAAAUUUACCUUGUUGGCACUACAAUUAAGAUUAUGAAUUACCAGUUAUGUUAAUUAUGAUCAACACUGUUCUUUGCUGUUUUGAAACCCUGAUUGUUUGCGUCACAUUAGUUUACUCUCUGCCUCAGAAACAUCUUUAUGAUCUGAUUGUGAUUGAGUAAAAUUUUGUUCUAAACUAGGUUGUAUUUUAUGCUGUACAUUAUUGCAUUCUUAAUUUCCAAAUCUUAAAGUUUUACCCUUUUUUUCCAACUGUGAUUUUUGCUUUUUACCAAUGAUAGAGGUGGUACGGUACUUGUUAAGGGUUAGGAACGAAGUUGCCUAGUAAUUGAUGUCUGUAAUUCUAACAUUUAAAUGGUGCAGGAGGUUUCAGUUUUGAAAUAUCUCACUGGUCAGAAAUAAAUCUAACAAUCUUUA